CCCUCUCUGUUCCUGUUACGUCCACUCCCACAGAGGCUUCACUGUAAACUUCAGAUAUCUUCUACCACAGCAGGAAACUGACACAUUAGGCAGCUGAACAGGUUCUUAGACGUGUUUCUGCUCCUGUGUUCUAUUUGAAAUCCACGUUCAUCAUGGUUGAGCUAGCCGAGACAUUUCCAGAAGAAACUGAAGGAUUAAAGGAAGCACUGAUGAACAAUGACCCAGCCACAGCUGUUCAGAUUUUAAAAUACUUAAUGAAGCAAGAUAAUAUUCCACUUAACAUUGGAAUUACAGGAGGAUCCGGCUCAGGGAAAUCAUCCUUUGUUAAUGCUUUUAGAGGCUUGAGCAAUAAGGAUGAAGGAGCUGCCCCCACUGGUUGUGUAGAGACCACCUCAGUGGUCACACCAUACCCACAUCCAAACUAUCCCAAUGUGAUUUUAUGGGAUCUUCCUGAUGUUGGAACCACCAGGUUUCCAGCUGACAAGUACCAGGAGAUGGCUGGAUUUCAGAAGUUUGACUUCUUCUUUAUCAUCUCAGACACUCGCUUCAGAGAAAAUGAUGUAAAACUUGCUCUGGAGAUUCAGAGGAUGGGGAAGAAGUUUUACUUUGUCCGCACAAAGAUCGACAACGACAUGCGAGCUGAAGAAAGAAAGCUGAAGGAUCACUUCAAUGCAGGGACGUCUUUGACAAAAGUCAGACAAGACUGCAUUCAAGGUCUUCAGAGCCAAGGAUUCGAGUCUCCUCAGGUCUUCCUGGUGUCCUGCUUUGAGCGCCACAUGUAUGAUUUCUCUCUCCUACAUGAGACCUUUAACGAAGACCUGCCUGCCCUGAGAAAACAUGCUCUGCGUUUUGCUGUAGUUGACAUCAACCAGGAGAUCAUCAACAAGAAGAAAAAGGCUUUUCUGGCUGAAAUAAAGUAUUAUGCUGCUAUAUCUGCAGCUGGAGCAGCUGUACCAGUUCCAGGUCUUUAUGUUGCUGUUGAUACAGGUUUGAUGGUAACAGUUAUCAGACGAUACACAGCUGGGUUUGGUCUAGAUGUGUCACCAUUAGAAAGACUUGCAGCAAACAUGGAGGUGACUUUUCAGGAUGUAAAGGCUGUCAUCAGGCCACCUCUCACUUCUACAGAAAUGAUAAAAAAUGUCGUUCUGAAGGUGUUGGUUCAUCUCACAGUCAUAGCGGAAAAGAAAAUGUCCAGUUAUUUUCCAAUUUAUGGAGCAGUGGCAGCAAUGAGCCUCUCUUCUUUCACUACUUACAAAGCUCUGAAUUCUGUCCUGGACAUGCUUGCUGGUGAUGCACAGAGAGUGUUUAAGAGAGCUUUAGGUUUAUAAAGCUCUGCAUGAUGGAGAUAUUUACUGACACUGAAAAGUGCACUGAACAAAAGAGUUGAUCCGUCACUUCAUAUUUAUUCAGCAAUAAUAUUUGCUAUUGCUAGUGAAACAUGAAUAUCAACCCUUUCAUGCAGAGUGUCCACAACAGCGGACACCUACUUAAAAGCUGUUUUCUAGUAAAUGCAUGUGUGGGGAUGGUAUAUUUUUAAAUAAACCACUUCAGUGGAUACUAGCGAGUCAUCCAAUACACUGCCAGUCACUGAAGAAUUAAUACAUAAUUAAAUGUAAUUACUUAAACUUAAUUGUAAUUACCAAG